UUUGCGCAGGCGCAGUGGCUCUUGUCCCAGAGCCGGGCCCUGCUUGGCGACCGCGCCUUCUUGUCGUUGCCGUCGGUCGCUUCUCGAGGAGCGGAGCCGCGUUGACUGACCAGAGUCCGCGAGCCCCGCUUCCCUCAGGCCUGGGAGAUCCCAGAGAAAUAUUGAGGAUGGACGUUUAAACUGAUGGACGUGGAAACUGAUCAAGGAAAGAAGCAACUUAGAACUAAGGAGAAAUUUCCUGACAAUCCUUUUAAGAUCCUUCUGCCAGAAUGUCCCUCCACCAGUUCUUACUUGAGCCAAUCACCUGCCAUGCCUGGAACCGAGAUCGAACGCAGAUUGCCAUUAGCCCGAAUAACCACGAAGUUCACAUUUACAAGAAGAAUGGGAACCAGUGGGUGAAAGCUCAUGAACUGAAGGAACACAAUGGACACAUCACCGGCAUCGACUGGGCCCCCAAGAGCGACCGCAUUGUGACCUGCGGUGCUGACCGCAACGCUUACGUCUGGAGUCAGAAGGACGGCGUUUGGAAGCCGACUUUGGUCAUCCUCCGGAUCAACCGGGCAGCCACCUUUGUGAAAUGGUCCCCUCUGGAGAACAAAUUUGCGGUCGGAAGUGGUGCUCGGCUCAUCUCCGUCUGCUACUUCGAAUCUGAAAAUGACUGGUGGGUGAGCAAGCAUAUCAAGAAGCCCAUUCGUUCCACUGUCCUUAGCCUCGAUUGGCACCCGAAUAACGUCUUGCUGGCAGCCGGAUCCUGUGAUUUUAAGUGCAGGGUGUUUUCAGCCUACAUUAAGGAAGUGGAUGAAAAACCCGCCAGCACGCCUUGGGGCUCCAAAAUGCCCUUUGGGCAGCUGAUGGCGGAAUUCGGAGGCACCGGCAGCGGCGGUUGGGUCCAUAGUGUCAGUUUUUCUGCCAGCGGGAACCGUCUCGCCUGGGUCAGCCACGAUAGCACCGUGUCCGUUGCAGACGCCUCGAAAAACAUGAUGCUCUCUCAACUGAAAACCGAGUUUCUCCCCUUGCUGAGCGUAUCCUUCGUCUCGGAGAACAGCGUGGUGGCUGCUGGCCAUGAUUGCUGCCCGAUGCUUUUCAACUGUGACGACCGCGGAGCCCUCAACUUUGUCUCGAAGCUUGACAUUCCUAAGCAGAGCAUUCAGCGCAACGUUUCGGCCAUGGAGCGUUUCCGCAACAUGGACAAAAGAGCCACCACGGAAGACCGCCACGCUACACUGGAGACGCUGCAUCAGAACAGCAUUACUCAAGUGUCUAUUUAUGAAGUGGACAAGCAAGAUUGUCGCAAGUUUUGCACCACUGGUAUUGACGGAGCAAUGACCAUCUGGGACUUCAAGACAUUGGAGUCCUCCAUCCAGGGUCUACGGAUAAUGUAGAACAGAUUCUUUGUUCUCUAGCAAGGCAGCCAGCUCUGACACCUGCACAGACUUGAAAAGACAGGGUGAAGAUGGAUCACUUUCUUUUUUUUAAAAAAAAAAAGCACUGAAAAAAACAACUUGGUGAAAUAUUUCCCCACCCCCCCCAUUUCCCCAUUCCUCCCUCUCUCCCUCCCCUUUGGUGAUAUAUAUAUUGAUCUGCCAAUCAGCUGUGAUUGUGGUAUAUAUUUGGGUUUGUGGGUUCAUUGUUGUUGUUGUUUUUAUUGUCCUUGGUUGGUUUUCAUUCCCUUUUUUUCUUCACCAAAGCUGCUCCUUAAAAUAGUUUAUUGUGAGGAAGUAUGAAACACUAACUUAAAAGGGGGAGUUCUACAUUCAGCUUGUCUGCUAGAAAAUUAAAAUUAAAAUAAAAUAAAAA